UUUCCCUCCCCGGUAUUUAUGACUGCUUCUCCCUGAAGCCAACAAAUUUCGCUCUCAAAUUUCACCGACGAAGAGAUUGGAAGUUCUUCAUACAAAAUGCGAGGCCACGAUUGGAUCAAUACGGUUCUUCCUGAUGAGUUGAUCGUUGAGAUCUUCCGGUGCCUUGACUCGAAGCUUAGUCGCGAUGCUUGUUCUCUCGUUUGCCGGCGUUGGCUCAAGCUCGAGCGCCUCAGCCGGACCACCCUACGAAUCGGUGCAACCGGUAGUCCCGACCUCUUUGUUCAGCUCCUUGCUCGCCGUUUUGUCAAUGUCAGAAAUGUCCACAUUGACGAGCGAUUGGCCAUUUCUUUUUCCCUUCAUCCAAGAAGAAGACGUCGCAAAGAAGCCACGCGUUUGCCAUACCAUGGAGCUGAUAAUACUGGGGCUGAAGGUGUGUUGGAUUCUUCUUGUCUGUCAGAUGCUGGGCUAAUUGCUCUCUCCGUAGGUUUUCCAAACCUCGAGAAACUAAGCUUAAUUUGGUGCUCUAAUAUUUCAAGUCACGGUUUGACAUCCCUAGCUGAGAAGUGUAGAUUUUUGAAGUCACUGGAGCUACAGGGCUGCUAUGUUGGGGACCAAGGUGUAGCUGCAGUUGGGGAAUUCUGUAAACAACUUGAAGAUGUAAAUCUACGUUUUUGCGAAGGAUUGACUGAUGCCGGUUUGGUUGCAUUAGCCCGUGGUUCUGGGAAAUCAUUGAAAGCAUUUGGUAUUGCAGCUUGUACCAAAAUAACGGACGUCUCAUUAGAAUCUGUGGGUGUGCACUGCAAAUACCUUGAGGUGUUGUCGCUUGAUUCAGAAGUUAUCCACAACAAAGGGGUGCUUUCUGUAGCUCAAGGCUGCCCGCAUCUGAAAGUUUUGAAGCUACAGUGUACAAAUGUCACGGAUGAAGCUUUGGUAGCUGUAGGCUCCUUAUGUCCUUCUCUAGAGUUGUUGGCUUUAUACAGCUUCCAGGAAUUUACCGACAAGGGUUUACGUGCCAUUGGAGUAGGCUGCAAGAAGUUAAAAAAUCUCACUCUAAGUGAUUGCUAUUUCCUGAGCGAUAUGGGCUUGGAAGCUGUUGCAGCUGGUUGUAAAGGACUAACACAUCUUGAAGUGAACGGCUGCCACAACAUUGGGACCAUGGGACUUGAAUCCAUCGCAAAAUCUUGCCCCCAACUCACUGAAUUGGCUUUGCUGUACUGCCAAAAGAUUGUUAACUCUGGUCUUCUCGGAGUUGGUCAAAGCUGCAAGUUCUUACAAGCGCUUCACUUGGUAGAUUGCGCAAAAAUUGGAGAUGAAGCGAUAUGUGGCAUAGCCAAGGGAUGCAGAAAUUUGAAGAAACUCCAUAUUCGUCGAUGUUAUGAGGUUGGGAAUGCAGGAAUCAUUGCUAUUGGCGAGAAUUGCAAAUUCCUCACAGAUUUGAGCGUCAGAUUUUGUGAUAGGGUUGGUGAUGAGGCACUUAUUGCCAUUGGUAAGGGUUGUUCCCUUCAUCAGCUGAACGUUAGUGGGUGCCAUCGUAUUGGUGACGAGGGAAUUGCAGCCAUCGCUAGAGGUUGUCCCCAGUUGAGUUACUUGGAUGUAAGCGUUCUUGAGAACUUGGGUGAUAUGGCAAUGGCUGAGUUAGGCGAAGGCUGCCCAUUGCUCAAGGAUGUGGUAUUGUCUCACUGUCACCAAAUAACUGAUGCGGGUGUAAUGCAUCUAGUGAAGUGGUGCACCAUGCUCGAAUCCUGUCACAUGGUCUACUGUCCAGGUAUUUCUGCAGCUGGAGUUGCCACUGUCGUUUCUAGCUGCCCCAGCAUAAAGAAAAUUCUCAUUGAGAAAUGGAAGGUGAGUGAGAGAACAAAGCGACGUGCUGGUUCAGUUAUUUCAUACCUUUGCGUGGAUCUCUAGAACUUAUUCUCGUGCUGGUGACACCUAAUUUCAGCAAAUCGAUUUGAAUUUGUGAUGGUUUUACUUUUCAGUUGGCCUUUGAGGUUAUUUUGUGCUGUAUGUUCAGUUGUAGUUCUUAAAUAAGAAGAGGAACAUGCUUUUGUCAAAAGAGAAAUAUUGACAGAGCUUGAUUAAACCUCGUUGAUAAUAUUUGUAUAGAGGAGCAUCAGCCUAAUUAAGGGACAAUUCUGAUGUGAAUUUAAGAAAAAUCCGGCAGUUUAGCGAGAAUGUCCCGUUGGGGUGAUUUGAACCCAAUUGAGGCCGAGAAGAGCUCAGAGUAAGCUUCAAGUAGGUGGUCUUGACUUUGUAGUAACAAACUAAUUUAUAUAAUUGUAACAAAGUAAGUUCUUUUAGCCCAGGGGAAAUCUUAUUAUUAUUAUUUUUAUCAUCUAUUAUAAU